ACACUGGGAAUAGGAACCUAAACUCAACAUCAGAAACGUGGGAUCACAACAGAUUCUCCUGAGGUUCACGUGUGAAUCAGAUUUAUUAUCAAUUUGAUCUGAAUUUGAUAGUUUGGAGUGUGUUUGCACUGAUUUCAGGGCAGCUGCUGCCAACAUAUUACUACAUGGCAAAUAAUAACAACUUUCACCUGAAAUCUUUUGCACACUUGAUAAAAUCAUUCCUCCUCCUGGACCUUCAGGUCUCAGAACCUCUCUGGAUUUUUAAAACACUCUUUAAGGAAAGGUUUAUGUGGGUAGAAAUCAUUUUUCUGCAGCUAAGAAGGGAUCAUUUUGUGCAUAUUUGGAGGAAAGGUUCAAUGACUUUUCAGAGGACCUAAAGCUGCUAAAGGUUUGUCUCCACCCACCACAUCGACGUGUCAGGACUUCCUUCUUCACAGAAACACUUGUCAUACUCUCACCGAGAAGCCUGCAGGCUGCAGACAUGUUGUUUUACCUCUGCUUUCUCCUGCCUGGAUGCUUCUGUUACAGCUCUGCAGAACCCCCCAAAGUGACUGUGCUGGAGCACUCAGACGCUGUACUCAGCUGUCCUCAUGCUCAGGGAGAUGUCACCUGGAGCCGACACAAAGGUGGGCUGCUGACUCUUCUCACCGUCAGAAACGGUCAGGUGAGCAGCAGUGACCAGCGCUUCAGUUCCCGGGAAAACCAUGAACUGGUUAUCAGGAAUGUUGUAGAGUCUGAUACUUCAAUGUAUCUGUGCAAUGGAGAGAAGACAGCUUAUCUCGAGGUGACCACAGAUCCCAACAAGGUGGAUCCCAAAGAUCAGCCAGUCACACAGAGAAAUGAACAGACGGUGACGGCUGCAGGUGCAGACAUCAAGCACUCCCCCUCAGACCUGUGGAAAGUCCCUGUUGCAGUGCUGGGAGGUGCUGCCCUGGUGUUCUUAUCCCUGCUAACUCUGAGACUGUGGAAAGCCAAGAAAGCAGCGAGGAACACGAGCGGGGUCGAAACUGGACAUGAGGUGGUUUAUGAGGAGAUCGGAAACGACGACGUGGAGCCCGGCCGGAGGGAGUCUGAGGUGGAAAGUCCGUACUACUGCUCAGAGAUCAGGGAGCCACCGAACACCUGCACAGUGCCGACGUCUCCUCUCUACAGCACCGUGCACAAGCCGAGACCGGGAGGACGUGAAGCCGAGACCUGCGUGUAUUAUUUCAGCCAGAAUCCUUCACAGACAUCCUGACUGCUGCUGGGUGGCCGUUCGGACCUUUUCUCUGUUAACCUGAGGAAAGGUCAGCAUCACGGGCUGUGCAUGAAGAUGGGCAGAGCCAGCAUAAUGUCACCUGUCAGUUAGUGACACCUUGAGCUGAGCAACUUCAUCAUUACCUUCCAAUUUUUUUAAACCAGUCUUUACAAGCAAGGGGCAGGUCUGACGGUGACUCCUCCCCCACUUCCUACCUGGACCAUAACUUCCAAAAUGAACUUGAACUGAAAAGCAGCGACUGAACCCGGAAACUGAUCAGGAAAGAAUUCACUGAGCUCAGAGAUCAGCUGAGCAGGAUGCUCAUUCUCUCAGAGAGAAUCAGACCACAGGAGCCCCCCCGCAGGUUUAAGGCUUCAUUCUUUAGACCCAGAGGCUACCUCCAUCUUUCA